UCUUUCCCAAGACGACUUUUGGAUCUUUGGCCAUCAACCACUCUCUCGGGGCCAAAACGAGCACUCCUCUUGACCAUCAACAAUACCAACACCAACCUGCCAUCAAUUUAUAUUAUCACCCACAUCAGUCAAUCAUCCUUCAAAUAGCCCAGAACCAUGUUAUUCCUGAAGUCAUCCACCGCCACACAGCUCUGGAUUGUUCUUGUUGCCGUUGCCGCUGCUACUGUCAAAGCCGAAUUUAAGCUCCCCAAUCUCCCGUACGCCCACAAGGACUUGGAACCCUACAUUAGCAGCUCCACUCUCAAUGUGCAUCAUGGUAACCACCAUGCCAAAUACAUUGCAACACUGAAUCACCUUGUCAAAGGCGGUGGCCGCGACCUCAAGAAAAUGUCAUUGGACGAAAUCGUAGUGGAAGCGCACAAGCGAGAAGAUACAGGACUCUUCAACAACGCUGCUCAGUCCUGGAAUCACGGCUUUUACUGGAAGUGUAUGAAACCAGGUGGAGGAGGAGAGCCCACAGGAUUGCUUUUGGAAAAGAUUCAGGAACAUUUUGGCUCUUAUGCACAAUUUGCCACCGAAUUCAAAAAUGCCGGCAAUACCGCCUUUGGAUCGGGAUGGGCCUGGUUGGUGUACCACAAGGCGGGUGGGGCAUUGCAAGUGACCAAAACCAUUGGGGCAGGAAACCCCAUGACCACGCCCGGUCUGGUGCCUAUUUUAUGCAUGGAUGUAUGGGAGCAUGCAUAUUAUUUGGACUACCAGAACAAACGACCAGAAUACGCCGACACCUUUCUGGAAAAGCUCGUUAAUUGGGACUUCGUAGCGGACAAUCUCAAGGAGGCCAUGGAAAGCAGUGGACGAGGAGAGGAAUUGUAAAAAGCCACGAGAAACACAGAUUUCGCGUCGUGUCAACUCUAGAACUCCUAGCUAGGCAGUGAAAGAAUUCUUUUUGUUGUUGUUGCAGUUGUUCACGUAUGGCGUUCUUAUUUUGCUACAUAGCAAUUAUCGGUAGAAGCAACGAUUGGAUGGAUUAUUCCUACUUUCAAGGCUCAAGGUGCUUGCAUGUUGUAAUGUAACGGAUAGCUUUGCUUGAGCUAGCUAGCUAGUUAGUUAGUUAUUAGUUCAGCA